CGUGUCCUGUUUCAGAAGCGUCACGGAACUGUCAGCCAAUCAGCUUUGCUGUUACAAAUCUCGUCAUUGUUCUACAUCUGUAAGCCAAUCAGCGACGCUCGGACUUUGGGAAACGGACUUCCAAGAUGGUGCUCGAAAGUACUAUGGUCUGUGUAGAUAACAGUGAAUACAUGAGGAAUGGCGAUUUCCUGCCCACUAGAUUACAGGCUCAACAGGAUGCUGUCAACAUUGUCUGUCACACAAAGACCCGUAGUAACCCAGAGAACAACGUGGGCCUAAUCACAAUGGCAAAUAAUUGUGAAGUCCUAACCACUUUAACAUCAGACACCGGCCGCAUUCUCUCAAAACUCCAUGCGAUUCAGCCACUUGGAAUAAUCUCAUUCUGCACCAGCAUACGAGUGGCACACUUGGCACUUAAGCAUAGACAAGGCAAGAACCACAAGAUGAGGAUUAUUGCUUUUGUGGGAAGCCCAGUAGAGGACAACGAAAAAGAUCUGGUGAAGUUGGCGAAGCGAUUGAAAAAAGAAAAGGUCAAUGUUGAUGUAAUAAAUUUUGGAGAAGAGGAGGUGAACACAGAGAAACUAACUGCAUUUGUGAACACUCUGAAUGGAAAGGAGGGCACAGGUUCUCAUCUGGUCACGGUGCCCCCUGGGCCCAGCCUGGCUGAUGCCCUGCUGUCUUCUCCCAUCCUGGUUGGUGAGGGUGGUUCCAUGAUGGGCCUGGGGGCAAGUGACUUUGAGUUUGGAGUGGAUCCCAGUGCGGACCCAGAACUGGCCCUGGCUCUGCGUGUGUCUAUGGAGGAACAAAGGCAGAGGCAGGAAGAGGAGGCUCGUAGGGUGGCUGCCCAAUCAGCAGCUGAGGCUGGCAAUCCCACUUCAACCGCUGACGAAUCAGAGGAAGCUCUUCUGAAGAUGUCUACCUCUCAGCCUCAGAUUGGUGUCGCAGCAGUGCCGGACUUCAGCAGCAUGUCAGAGGAGGAGCAGAUAGCCUAUGCCAUGCAGAUGUCCCUGGCAGGUGGAGAAUUUGGAGAAUCAAUGGAUACAGGAGCUCCAAUGGACACUGGGGAAUCUAAGGAAGAGGAUGAUUAUGAUGUAAUGCAGGACCCAGAAUUCCUCCAAAGUGUCCUGGAGAAUCUACCUGGUGUUGAUCCCAACAAUGAGGCCAUCCGCAAUGCCAUGGGCUCCAUAUCAUCUCAGAGUGGUAACAAACAAGAGCGGAAAAAAGAUGAUGAGAAGAAGAAAUAAAUUCAGGUGUUCUGUGACCGAUUGUGAUUGAAGACAUGGGAAGUGAGUUCCUUCAAAAAGUGGCCAUCAAAAGUCUUUAUAAAAGCAAUUUUAAAUGCAUAUGGAGUUGCUGAGACAUUCACUACCAAAUUACAGCAAUGUUGUGUGGUACCUCAGAAAUUCACACAUAGCUUGCUUUUUAUAGAUCUUUCCCCCCUUUUGCUAUAUGCAUAACUGAUUAAGUAUUUGAUAAACCCAUGCAAAAUAUGUAAUUUGAAUGGUUUCUGCUCUUUUUCCUAUUGCUAUUAAAACAUAACAUCUGAUCAGAA